AUGUUCACCAACGGUCAGCACCGCUGGUGGACAAACGAGCUCGCCCGCCUGCACGAUGGCCGCUUCGUCAUCCCCACUGCAUGGAUCUUGCGUCGCGGAAGGAUGACGGCCGAUGUCCAGCUUGUAACUCGAAACGCUCAGCAGCGCGUAUGGGAGUGCAGAGGCAAGGAGGAAGAGAUUGAUGUCACCCAAUUCGAGGCUGACUUCGAUGAUCUGAUCAUGGAGUUCGGUCCCGACUUUAUCUGGACACCCGACUCACAGGAAUUUGUCCCCCCAAUGCCAAAUGCUGGCCGAAAGCUGAGCGGAAACCGCGAUCCUUAUGUCCUGGGGGUCACAGUGUGGAUCGACGAUGUCUCAGGCAACAAAUCAAAGCAGUAUAACAAAUUUCUCGUUAUGCUCAUGCAAAAUACAUCCCUGCCCGGUCUUCUCCUCAAGCAAGAGUUCCAUAUCCACUUCUGUGGUGCCUCACAACAUGUUACGACCGCCGAGUUAAAUGCUGUCCUUCGUGAUUUUGUUCAGGGCACUGAGCGUGAGCCCAUUAUUUGCUAUAACGCUCAAACCAGUCGAGAGGCUGCCGUGAUUGUGCGCGUUCAUGACAAGAAUGCAGACAACCCACAACAGUCAGAAGAGGCCAGCCACAUCGGAUGCAACGGCACCUUUCCGUGUCGAAAGUCAGCCCAGCAUUGGCUGGAAGAGCAACCAGGCGACAAAAUCAAUCCGCUCUUGGAUAUCGUCGGCCUGGAUCCAGCUCGAGACACACCAGUCGAAAUUCUGCAUACCAUCCUGCUCGGAGUCAUCAAAUAUAUCUGGCAUCAUUUGAACACGUACAAAUGGACAGACAACGAGCGACAUCUAUUAGCCAUUCGUCUUCGAUCAACAGAUAUCAGUGGUAUGAAUGUACCGCCAAUUCGUGGCGCUUACAUGAUGCAGUAUCGAAAUAACCUCAUCGGCAAACAUUACAAAACGAUAAUGCAGUCCCUGGUUUUCCAUGUCCACGGUAUAUGCAAUCCGGACCAGUUCAAACUUAUCAAGUUUGCAGCAGAUCUUGGAGCGCGAGUCUGGAUAUCGGUCAUCGAUGACAUGGAGGAAUAUAUUUCUGAGCUGAAUAUCGCAAUUGCAAACCUUCUCGACGCGUGGGAUGCUGUGGAGCCUCUUCGCAUUCUGACGAAAAUCAAGCUCCAUCUUCUUCCCCAUCUUCCUGACGACAUUCGACGCUUUGGCCCCGCUGUUCGCUUCUCGACAGAAACACAGGAGUCUUACAAUGCUGCACCAAGCCGUGAUAUUGCAAUGAAGUUUGCUGCCAUGAACAAUAUCAAGCAUGCUGUUUGCGGUGGAUUCUGGCAGUCAAGCGCUGCCUACGAUUCAGAUCAACAACUGGCUAUCGAAGCGGUUCGUGGAUGGUCCGAACCCGGCAACACAGUGAAAAAACUUCUCUUCGAUGAUCCUGUUCUCCAGCGUCACCUUGGCUGGGUACCGCACCAUCCUCCGGUGCCAGGUUUCCAAACCAUCACAUCACGGCACUGGACACAAGAGCAUCCGAGUCAGCCAAUUCUGAACAGUGCGUGGCGGCAGGGCCUUUCGGUAACUUCGAAAACGGGAGACAAGGUCAAAGUUGAUGGGUGGGCAUUUGUGCGCAUUGCAGGGGGCACAACAGCACUGGGACGAGUUGUGGAAAUUAUUUCGGGAGGCAGUGGCCAAACAUGGAUAUGUCUUCAGCAGUUCGUGUGCACACAAACACGUCAUCCCGAUUUCGACUGGCCAGUUGUGCGACCUCCAGCCGGAAACGAGAUUACUGAGCAAGGUCUUACCUCAUAUGUUGUCAUUCCAGGAACAGCAGUGGAAUUUGGCUGCUCAGUCCAGCACGACUGCCGGAGAGGCAACUGCAAGCCGGCAGCUAUGGCCAAGGAACGUCAAGAGCGAGAAGACACUCUGCGAGACAUUAGCCUGAUCAAACAUGUCGACGAUGACAAUUUUGUGCUGAAUUUGGGUUCAGUACACAAUUUCGCAGAACUUACUCGGGUCCUUCCACGAAGCCUGUACAAUCUGAAGCCGCAGCACUCCGACCGCCUCUAG